AUGGCUUCCGCAUUCCUUUUCAUCACAAUUGCAGCAAUUUCUGCUCUAUUUCUUGCCGAUAAAUCUACUGCUGAUGUACCACUGUUUACCGAUCUCGGCAGGUAUACCACACUCGUUAAUGCUUCGAAAGGCCUUCCCACGCAGACUUUCCGCUCCUCCGACAUUAUCGCCCCUAUUUUCAUGGUCAACUCGUGGGACAAAAGAAAUGUCGACACCGCGACGCAUAUGUUUCUGGGUGAAAUGCCUGGUCCAGGGAAAGCUGGGCCGAUGAUCUUCGAUGCCCGAGAUCUGAGCCUCGUCUACGCAGAUCAGCAAUAUCAUAAGUCAUUAAACUCGGAUGUCAGAUAUAUCAACGGCACGCGCUACUUGACUGCAUUGGUCAUGGGAGCAGAAAAGAAUGCUGUAUACUGUCUUGUGUUUGACGAGAUGUACAGUUUAAAGUAUAAUAUCUCAGUGCACGGUACGGAAGGCGACAUGCACGAGCUACAAGUCACUCCAGAGGGCACGGUCAUUUUAUCAACUGCUUUCUCAAUACCAUUUGACUGUUCUCCAGUCGGUGGGCCAAAAUCCUGUACCUUGCGUGACAGUGGCUUUCAAGAAAUUGACCUGAACAGCGACACCGUGGUUUUUAACUGGUCAGCGUCAGCUCAUUUCGAGAUUUCGGAGUCAUACUCCAAAUUCAAUAAUACUUUUGACAGAUACAGAGGCGUGGGUUACGACUUUUUCCACAUCAAUUCAAUUGACAAGACUGCCAACGGAAAUUACUUGGUGUCGAGUCGGAACUUGUGUCUACUGGUGCUCAUUAGCGGCAGAGAUGGCAGCAUUAUCUGGCGCCUUGGCGGCCGGCACAACCAAUUCUCGGAUCUGAGCAAUGGCACUGCCAUUAACUUCAGCUGGCAGCAUGACGCGCGCGUGCACCACAUCGAGAAGCAAAUUACACUCUUGGAUAACCAUGCCAGCGAAACGGCUUACUGCAAAGGCAAAUGUCAGACGCGUGGCCUAGUCCUUGAGAUAGAUUCCGAUAAACUGACAGCUCGACGUGUCCACGAAUACUUCCAUCCCGAGAGCAUCAACUCUGAAGCUAUGGGCAACCUGCAAGUUCUCGAGUCCGGAAAUGUAUUACUUGCAUUCGGGUUCAAUCCUGCAAUUGUGGAAUACACCAUUGGUGGAGCUCCAGUCCUGGACAUUCAGUUGGGAAAUAUUGGCGUCGGCUUUCAAGUAAACAAUGGGGUUUACCGCGCCAGCAAAUAUAACUGGACCGGCAAGCCGACGUGGCCUCCGAGUGUCGUAGUUGAUACCCCUGAAAAGGGAAUGGUAAAUACAACUAUAUAUUUGUCGUGGAAUGGUGCGACUGAUGUCGCUUCAUGGUCUGUUUUCGCUUCAAACGACUCUGCAACUGUGUGGAGAGAAAGCAACGUGAUCGCACAGCAUUACCGAUCGGGAUUUGAGACGACAAUCCAUUUCGACAACGAAAACAACUUCAAUUGUAUUGGCGCUGCUGCCGUAUCUGCCACUGACGCGAUCCUUGGCCGUACAGCCAUCAUUGACCUGAAACUCGGCGACUCCUCCAACCUCUACGAUACUACAUGUACUCAUGCACGCCGUGAGAAGCGAAAGGCCGAUGCGCAGGUCCGCAAUGGGAGAGGCGUCACGGUCGCAACUGGCAAAACAAACACGGGUUGA